AUGCAGAAAUUUCAGGAAAUCCACUCCAUUGUUGACGAUCUUUCGGUUCGACUCGGAGGAGUUGGAGAAGAAUGGUUGACGAGUAGCGAAUCGUCUCCAAAGUAUUUCGAAUUUACUCCAAUCGAAAUGUAUGCCAUCACUGAAAGACUUCGACUUCCCGAGCCAACAGCUCCCGGUGAGUGGGAGUAUCAUGAAAACAGACUAGGUUCAGAUUUGAAGAUGCAACUGAUCAUGCGUACUAGCCGUUGA